AUGGCAAGAACAGCUCAGACUGCACGGGAUCCAAACGCCGAACCUGUACGGUGGAUUCAACGGGAAUAUGCCGACCAUGAAGGCAACACCGUCAUCGCUGGCAAGGUGGCCAGCUACGGAAGGCAGUUCUAUAGGCCAGAGGAGGGUGAGGCUUACCGAUUUCAAGUAUACAGCACGACACCCAUCCGGCCAGAGGAGCUCAACCAGCUGUAUGGAUAUUUCUGCUUUGACCUCAAUUGGCUUCCCUUUUUAGAAAUUUAUUCCUACAACCCACCAGAUGGUCUAGCGUGCGUGGAGCACCAGCGCCGUGAAGUUGCCCACCGUAAACGCCUUCAUGCCGAAGAGCGUGAAGGCGAAUAUGACGAGUCUCUCCCCCCUUUGAUUCCGACCAUGCGGACUGGCUUCAAUGAGGGAUUCAUGUCCGGAUUCUGUUUCCUCCUCACGUCCAAAAGCUAUCUCCAGGGUACGUUCCCAGACAAUGACCACGGCACGGGCCCCUGGCGGAUUAGCUUCGAUCGGAAUCUUCCGUGUGCAAUGAAGAAGUUGGGCCUGAUUACACAACUUGACGAUCCAGCGACUGAUCUUGAGACUUUUGCCGAGUGGGGGAUUGCAGUCAAUCCCGAAAUGCGCGAUAUUAAUGUGGAUAUUACAACAGACCAGAGUGUUAUACACUUCGAUAUGAAAGAGCUCAUGAGAAGGAUCUAUUCAACACAUAUUUAUGGGGAAAUUGAUUAUGGACUCCAUGAACCGCCUCCACCUGCACCAUGCGAGGAGACUCCGACUUCACAAUAUAUCCUGGAGGUUUUGGAGCAGCAGCAGCAAACGGCAGAAGUCCAAUCUGCGGACUUGGACUCACUUCGUCUUACAAUUGGAACUGAAAGCAAUACAGUCACAGCCACCAACAGCUCUUCCGAUGGCGAAUGCGACCUUCAAUACGUGGUAUACGUCAAGUUCCUCGCCCAUAUCGAGCAGGAAAAGACCGCCGCCCUUCUAGAGACCACUGCGCGCACAUUCACCGCUGGCAUUAUCUCCUGCCUCCCUGCCUCCAAAACAGUUUAUUUUGAGUUUCGAAUUCCUGGCUCCUCUUUGUCUUCCCUUUUAUCUGCUGCACCCAAUGGAUUCGAUGUCGGUGCCUUGCAUGAAUAUGAUGGUUCGGUCAUGCGAGUACAACCUCGAAUUGGGCGGGAGGUUUAUACCCGACCGCUAUCCGCUCACUUCUUUACAGUGGUUCUUGAUAAGCCGGCCGUUAUCCAAGAACCUAGUGUGCUAUUCUACACGCUCUGGUCCGAUCCUUUGCAAUACAUUGAACCUCAGGUUACCGAUAGCGUCAUUGAGACUGGACGGAGCGCUGGGAUUCGAGAAGCUGCAAGGCGGCUUGCAAUGCUUGCGGUGGAGGAGAAUCUCCAAGAUAGUCCAAGGAAGCUUACGAAAGAGGAGCAUAGGGAAUUACUAUCUCUGUCGCCGGAGGCGUACGAACAGAAGAUGAAACCGUACUAUGACUACUUGGCUGAGAAAUCGAGGGAGACAGUGCAAGCAAUUUAA